ACGGCUGCCCAUGGACCGGCAACCGCCACCAGAUGCUAGGGAUUGCUACCUGCCGACCGGCCGCGGUGCUUAGCUCCGCCCCUGUUGGGAGAUAAGGGUUAAGGAGAAAAGGGGGAAAGAAAAGGACGGGGAGGGCAGACUCCGGCUGCUGUCGCUUUUUACUGGAGGAGAGGAGAGGGGGAGGAGAGGCGAUGCCAGUGGCGAGACCGGAGCCGCAGGAGCCCCGGGUCAUCGCCCAUGUCGACAUGGACUGCUUCUACGUCCAAGUCGAGCAGCGGAGGAACCCGGCGCUCAGGGGUCAGCCCACCGCCGUCGUGCAGUACAACGACUGGAAAGGCGGAGGCUUGAUUGCCGUCAGCUACGAGGCUCGCAAGUUUGGUGUGAAGAGGUCCAUGCGCGGAGAUGAGGCCAAGAAGGUCUGCCCGGGUAUCAAUUUGGUUCAGGUCCCCGUGGCGCGUGGCAAGGCCGAUCUUAAUCUUUAUCGGAGUGCUGGCUCUGAGGUUGUUGCAAUUCUUGCAAGCAAGGGGAAGUGUGAGCGAGCAUCCAUUGAUGAAGUUUAUCUUGACCUUACCAAUGCAGCAAAGGAAAUGUUCUUACAAGCACCCCCAGAUUCCCCACAACUGAUUUUUGUGGAGGCUGCAAAGUCAAAUAUAUUGGGCCUUACUUCUGAUGAUAACGAGAAGGAAAAGAAUGUGAGGACAUGGCUUUGUCGAGCGGAUGCUGAUUAUCAGGAUAAGUUACUGGCAUGUGGAGCUAUAAUUGUUGCGCAGUUACGAGUCAGAGUUCUGGAGGAAACCCAAUUCACAUGCUCUGCUGGGAUUGCUCACAAUAAGAUGUUAGCUAAACUUGUCAGCGGAAUGCACAAGCCUGCUCAACAAACAGUUGUCCCUUCUUCAUCAGUUCAAGACUUUCUAACAUCACUGCCUGUAAAGAAGAUGAAACAGCUUGGUGGUAAGCUUGGAAGUUCCUUGCAGGAUGAUCUUGGGGUCGAGACUAUUGGUGAUCUUCUAAGUUUUUCAGAGGAAAAGUUUCAAGAGCUCUAUGGAGUAAACACAGGAACAUGGUUAUGGAAGAUUGCAAGAGGUAUUAGUGGAGAAGAAGUUGAGGAUCGUCUUCUACCGAAGAGUCACGGCUGUGGAAAGACAUUUCCUGGCCCAAAAGCACUGAACAAUAACACUUCUGUCAAGGGCUGGCUGGAUCAACUUUGUGAAGAAUUAAGUGAACGAAUUCAGUCUGACUUGAACCAGAACAAGAGAAUUGCUCAAACGCUAACUCUUCAUGCCAGAGCAUCUAAGGAAAAUGAACGAGAUUCGAUGAAGAAAUUCCCUUCCAAAUCCUGUCCAUUGCGCUAUGGCACUGGGAAAAUUCAAGAAGAUGCAAUGAAGCUAUUUGAAUCUGGCCUUCAUGAUUUUUUAGAUUCUCAGAACACUGGAUGGAGCAUAACAUCUCUUUCUGUUACUGCAAGCAAAAUAUUUGAUAUACCAAGCGGAACAAGCUCAAUCUUGAGGUACAUUAAAGGUCCAAGUUCUGCUGCAUCUCCGGCUAUACCUGAGUCUUCCUCUCUACCUGAGGAUCCAUCUCCUGAUAACAAUGUACAUGUGACACCAAUUCAUGAAGAACAGUGUGAACCAUCUUUCUUUAAGAAUGAAGACAGUAGUAGUUAUUCAGCUAUUUCAGCCAAACAAUGUCCGUCAAAUGAUGAAAAAAGAAUGUCAAAGAAGUCUGAAGUUAAGGGAACUUCCUCUAUUUUGAAGUUUCUUUCACGGGGUCAAUCUGCCCUCCAUGAGAAAAGAAAAUCUGAUGCCCUAAUUUGCAGUCAUCAAGGUCCUGGGAGUUCUUCAGAACCGAAUAAAGCUGAAGAACAAGAUAAAGCUGCAGAAGCUGUGGAUAGGAACAAUAUUAGCACUGGGGGAGAUCAGUCUGCUGGUAAUACAUGGAUGUUCAAUGUUGAAGACAUUGAUCCAGCAGUAGUGGAGGAACUGCCGCCGGAAAUCCAGAGAGAAAUAAAGGGGUGGAUUCAUCCAUCGAAGCAUCUGACCACAAAACGACGGGGUUCUACUAUUUCCUCUUACUUCCCACCUGCAAGGGGUUAAUGUUACGGAGAUGGUCGUAUGUUGAUUCUUCUGCUCACAAUUGCCUCUCUGUGCUUAUUGUAAAAUGUAGAUAAGUUCAGCUUGCUAGCUUGAAUGUGAACAAUUAGAUAUUUCUCAAGUUUUAACUUGUAGUGACGAUAGGAUUUGUAUUGAGAUCGGCGACUUAUGAUUAAAAAAAGUAAGUCGUCUUACAAGUAGACAAAACCCUUAUGCUA